AUGAACUUAUCUUUUGCCGGUUGUGGAUUUCUUGGUAUUUACCAUGUUGGCGUCGCCGUGUGUCUUAAAAAGUAUGCUCCUCAUUUACUUAUAGGGAAGAUUUCGGGAGCCUCUUUUGGGGCUCUCUCCGCCUGUUGUUUAUUAUGCGAUCUUCCUAUAGGUGAAAUCACAACUGAUGUACUGCGAAUAGUGGGUGACGCUAGGGCAGGAGCCCUAGGGCCUUUCAGUCCAUCAUUUAAUAUACAAAAUGUGCUCCUUGAAGGAAUGCAAAAGUAUAUACCCCACAAUGCACAUAAAAUUGUCAGUGGUAAACUCCACAUCUCAUUGACGAGAGUGUAUGAUGGCAAAAAUGUGAUUGUUUCUGAAUUUCCGACUAGGGAAGAUUUAUUACAAGCUAUACUCGCAUCAUGUUUCGUCCCAGUGUUCUCCGGGGUUUUACCGCCUCGGUUUCGCGGUGUAAGAUAUAUGGAUGGAGGAUUUAGUGAUAAUUUGCCUGUUUUGGAUGAAAAUACGAUAACUGUCAGUCCUUUUUGUGGCGAAAGUGAUAUCUGCCCGAGAGAUUUGAGUUCACAGCUGUUUCAUAUAAAUUUAGCAAAUACCAGUAUCGAGUUGUCCAGAGAAAAUAUGACCCGUUUUGCAAGAAUUCUCUUCCCUCCGAAACCGGAUGUUCUGAGCAAUAUGUGCAAACAAGGCUUCGACGACGCUUUACGAUUCCUUAAUAGAAAUAACAUGAUCUCUUGCACUAGAUGUCUAGCUGUUCAGACCACAUACCACUUGCAAGAUGUUCUUGACGACACAAUAAAUCCAUUUGAUCCGGAUUGUGAGGCGUGCAAAGUGCAUAAAGAGGACGCGCUCGUAGAUGACCUUCCGGAUACAGUAAUGUCAGUAUUCCAAAACGCAAUCGAUUCAGCAAACAGUGGUAUUGUUAACUGGGUAAUGAGUCAGCGCGGGAUGCAAUGUGUGUCGCUAAUGGCGCUCCCGUACACGCUGCCUGUGGAUAUUAUGUACGCUACAAUAACCAAAUUCGUAAACUGCACACCAAAGAUGAGCAAGUCUCUAUGGAAAUUAAGCUGGGAGUUUGUACGUCACCUUCACGCUUUCUUAUACUCUGGCCACUACAGUCCAGAAGUCGCAAAAUCUUUCUAUAAAUUAACAAUGGACUCCAAAGACGAACACCACCGUCUUCAUAGAAGACGUCCCAGCCACAUGCGUAUCACAUACGGCAACGGCGGCGAUGUUCCGGCUGAUGCGGACACGUUCGAACAUAUUCUAAACGUGACUACGCAUAAUGAGGCUCUCUUGGCUUACUACUAUUUAGAUAGCGAUAACAAGAUGAAAAUGACAGAGAUAUUUGACGUGACGGAUGCGGACACGGACGCGGUGCAGUCGCCGCGGGAGCGCGACAUCAACAAGCAGCUCGAGUUCGACAAUGAUUGGUCCGGGGAGCUCAUGCCUGAUGAUGAUUUGGAUAUAGACAAUACAGAAGACGAAUUUGAUGAUCGCAAUCUUUUUUCCGACCCCGAGAGCGAGUGGACGAGACGACAGUCGUUUUCAAACGAUUCGUGCGAAGGAGAUCAGCCCGAGUCGGACCGACAACCCGUGAACUACAUCGUUACAUAUGCGGAU